UCGUGGACGGAGGGAGAAAGCGCUCUAGCGUACUGGAGCAGGUUGUUGCUACUGCAAUAGGGAAACAGCUGAAAAGUCUGCCGCGCAUGACGAGAGCGGGGAAAGGAAGCUCAGUUGACCUGUCCGUAGCUUUAACGAGAUGCAGCCUGGAGAUUGAAUUACUUGGGGGAGGUGCCGCCGCUCGAAGGGCACGGCUUAGCUUGCUUUUUUACAUAGAAGGAGUGGAGGAAGUGGAAGUGUUUGUUUUGCUUUUCUCUCCUCCCUGCCAGUGUCAAAGCGCGGGGGAAGCGGAGCGGCUGUUUUCUGCAGUCGCCGCCCGGAGGGGUUCCCUUCACGCAGUGGCUCUGGAGCCCCUUGUUCUGUCUGGAGCACCGGGGCGAGCUGGGCCCAGGAGGGGAACGAGGUGGCCGUUGCGCCUGCCCUCCCUCGCUCCUUCCUGCCUGCCUUCCCUCCUCCGCUCCCCUUCUGGUGCCUGACAAAAGGAGACGGAGGCGGCGUCUCCAAGAGUGUGACGGGCGGGAGCAGCGCAACAACGCCGCCCAGUUGAGUUACUUUACUUUCGAGGCAGCGGCUGCGUGCUGAAGGAAACUCGCCGCAGCCCAGGUAGCCUGCGAUGAACGGCUUUGGCCCCGAAGAAGUAACCCGCGGCGGGGGAGAAGCCGCCGCUGUCCCCGCGGUGGUCGCCAACGCCGCCGCCGCGGUGGAGGUCCUGCCGCCGCCGCCCCUCCCGCAGCCGCCGGCCGGGCUUGGGGCUGCCUCUUCGGCCGCCGCGGCGACGGCGGCCGGCUCGGCAGGCCCCCCUGGGGCGGCCGGCCCCGGCGUGGGGCAGUUGUGCUGCUUGCGAGAGGAAGGCGAGAGGUGCAGCCGAGCUGCAGGCAACGCCAGCUUCAGCAAGCGGAUCCAGAAGAGCAUCUCGCAGAAGAAGGUGAAGAUCGAGCUGGACAAGAGUGCAAGGCAUCUUUAUAUUUGUGAUUUUCACAAAAACCUAAUCCAAAGUGUUCGGAACAGAAGAAAGAGAAAAGGCAGCGAUGAUGAUGGUGAUUCACCAGUGCAGGAUGUUGACACUCCAGAGGUUGAUCUGUUUCAGUUGCAAGUAAACACACUAAGAAGAUACAAAAGGCACUUCAAGUUACAGACCAGACCAGGACUUAACAAAGCACAGCUUGUUGAAAUUAUUGGAUGUCAUUUUCGGACUAUUCCAGUGAAUGAAAAGGACACCUUAACCUAUUUCAUCUACUCUGUGAAGAAUGAUAAGAACAAAUCUGAUCUAAAAAUGGAUAGUGGUGUUCACUAAAUAAGUGAACUUGAGACUGGCAGAUCUAAAGACUGUUUUGGAUGUGCUGAAGCUUUCUUUAGCUGCUAUCCAGAUGGAGAAUUCUGAUUUUUUGUUUUUUGUUUUGCUUUUUUGAGGAAAAAUACUCAUUAAUGAGAUUUCCAUGGUAAAAAAAUAUUUUAAAUAAAUAUUAUUGAUGCUCCUG